AUGGGUUCUUCGCUGGCAGUCACGGGCGCCGCCAUGGAUGCCCCGGUGAGUUCUUCGCUGGCCGAGAUGGGCGCCAUGAAUGCUCCAGUGAGUUCUUCCCUUGGGGUCAUGGGCUCUCUUCUCAGGAAGAUAGAUUCGCUGCUGCCUCUGGAUUACCGGCUGCGAGGGCCACUCAAGGACAGAGUCGCGCUCCUCAAAGUAGAUCUGGAAGAAAUCAGCGUCGCCCUUGUGGAGCAGUCAAUGGUAGAUUCCCCCAAUGAAAUGGCAAAAUACUGGAUGAAUGAGGUGCGUGAACUUUGCUAUGACAUCGAGGAUUUCAUCGACGACAUGAUGUUGACGCACGCCGAUGCCAAGAUGAGGUCGGUGCAGAGCUUCAAGGUUGGCCGUGUCAAGAUCUCUUGGCUUCCCAAGACGGUGAGGCAGUGCACGAGGGCCACCAAGAUCGCAGAACUCAGGGACCUGGUGCGGGAGGCGAUUGAACGACAUGGAAGGUAUCUUGAUGGUUGCACCUCGAGUUCUAGAUCUCUGUUCACUGUGUACGGCCAUAUUCCAUUGAUGUAUACAGAGGCUGCAAACUACCUUGUUGGUGUCGACGACGCCAAGACAAAACUUAUCAAGUGGAUCACCAACGAGGAGCAGCAUCCGUUGUCAGAGGCUGCAAACUACCUUGUUGGUGUCAACGAUGCGAAGACAAAGCUUAUCAAGUUGCUCACCGAUGAGAAGGAGAAGAAGCUGAAAAUUGUGGCCAUAACUGGACAUGCAGGGGUUGGCAAGACCACGCUUGCAAAACAGCUGUACCAUGAAGUUGGGCAGCAAUUCGAGUGCCGCGCUUUCGUGCGGGCAUCCCGGAAACCUGACAUGACAAGACUGCUUGAGGGUAUCCUCUCUCAAGUUGAUCAGCAUCGGUGCCCCUCUAAUUCCUACACAGUGCAAAACCUCAUUGACAAUCUCACCAAACAUCUCCAGAAUAAGAGAUAUGUUAUUGUAAUUGAUGAUUUGUGGGAAACAAUAUCUUGGGAUAUUGUUGCCAGUGCUUUCCCGGAAGGUAAUAACUGCAGUAGAAUAAUAACAACCACAGAAAUUGCGGGUGUAGCUCUGGAAUGCUGUGAUUAUCAAUCUGAUAAUAUUCUGAAGAUGAAACCUCUUGGCGGGGAAGACUCUGGGAAUCUGUUACUCAACCUGGUUUUUGGUCCUGAACGUCUGUGCCCUGAACAAUUAAAGGGGGCUUUGGACAUAAUCAUAGCAAAAUGUGCUGGUUUGCCACUAGCAACCAUUUGUGUAUCUGGACUUUUAACAACCCAACCGGACAACCCGGAGCUAUGGCAGCAUGUGCAGGAAUUUUUAUGUUCCAAUUUGAGUACAAAUUCUACUUUGGAAGAGACACUGCAGGAAAUACUAAAGCUUAGUUACAUUAGUCUUCCUCACUAUUUGAAGACAUGUUUGAUGUACCUGAGUGUGUAUCCAGAGGGCUGCACAAUGUGGAAGUUUGAUUUGGCUAAGCAGUGGAUAGCUGAAGGUUUCAUCUGUGCGAUAGAAGGAACAGACACAGGGGAAGUUGCAGAUAGCUAUUUUGAAGAGCUUGUCAACAGGGGAAUGAUCCAACCUGUGGAUAUCAACUACAAUGGUGAGGUGUUGUCCUGCACACUGCACCACGCUGUACUUGAUCUUAUUACACUUGAGUCCACCGAAGAGAGAUUUAUCACUUCAUUAGAUUACUCACAGACCAUCAGAGGACAUUAUAGCAAGGCUCGUCGGCUAUCGCUUCACUUCAGCAAUCCCAGAUAUGCAAAGAAACCAACUGGUCUAACACUGUCAAAAGUUCGAUCAAUUGGCUUUUUUGGAAUCAUCAAGUGUGUGCCUACAAUUGUGGGAUUUAAGCAUCUCCGAGUUCUAAUCCUGGAGUUUUGGGGUGAUCAACGGGGGAUUAUGAGUUUUGAUCUCACAAGAAUUAGCAGAUUUUUUCAGCUGAGAUAUUUGAAGAUUUCAUGUGAUGCCAGUGUAGAGGUAGAACUACCAAGCCAGAUGCGAAUGCUGCGGUACUUGGAAACACUGAUAAUUGAUGCAGCAGUGUCUGCAGUUCCAUCAGAUAUUAUUCAUCUCCCAGGCUUGUUGCAUCUCUCUCUUGGAGAUAAGACGGAUCUACCUGAUGAGGUUGGUCGCAUCAGAUCUUUGCGUGCCCUACAUUGUUUUGACCUUAGCAGUAACUCUGAAGACAGUGUACUGAGCCUUGGUGAUCUGUUGAACCUGCAAGAUCUUAACCUCACAUACCGUACAGAAGAGUCAGAUGAUCAUCUGAAGAGAAACCUGGCAGCUCUAGCCUCUUCUCUUGGGAAACUUGUGAAUCUCAAAUCUGUCACUCUGGCUCCUAGUGCUUCAGGAACGGCAAUCUACCAUGAUGUAUGGAGCAGCAUGUCCUCUCUUCCUUUCUUCCUUCAGAGACUUGAGUUGUUGCCCCCCAUUUGCAUCUUCUCCAGGCUUCCGCAGUGCCUUGGGCAACUCCGCAAACUCUGUAUUCUGACAGUUGUUGUUAACGAGCUGCUGAUGGAAGAUAUGGAUAUAGUGACAGGAUUGCCCGCCCUCACUGUUUUCUCACUCUAUGUCCGGCAACCCACGUUAGAAAGUAUCAUCUUCAGAAAAAGGGCAUUCCUAGGUCUCAAGUGUUUCAAAUACACAUGUGGUGUACUGUCCCUCGCCUUUCAGGAAGAAGCAUUUCCCAAUCUUUCGAGGCUCGAGCUAAGUUUCAAUGCUCACAGAGGAGAACAGUAUUAUGAUUUUCUUUCGGGCAUUGGUUACCUGUUAAAUCUCAAGGAAAUUGCUGGAACGAUUGGGGCAGCCACAGGUGCUGAAGAACCUGACAGGAGGGUUGCAGAGUCUGCUUUAAGAGAUGCCAUUCGCAAGCAUCCAAGGUUUCCUAGUUACGACAACGUAAAAAGGGUAGGUUGGGUUCAUGAAGAAUACCAGCUUAGGUCCCAAGUGGAAGACUCAUCAAGCGAAAAGCAUGAAACACUGCAAAAACAUGAUGGAAGAAAAGAGAAUAAACAAGGAUGA